CAACAUUUUGCAAGUUAAGACACACACAUUCUGCAGAGCUGCAACGGUCCCAAUAUUUAUGACAUAACUAAGUAUUUAAAUGUGCGUUCAAGCUAAACGCGUCUUUCCUCGGGCCCUCGACUCCACCCUUCAUCCCCACACCUGCAUGUGAAAUCUCCUCCGUCCUCAAAGGGGCGCGGUCCCCGUUGGGUGGAGUCCACAACUCCUGCUCACUGCUCUGGGAACAUUUGCCAAAUGUGCGCUCUUGGCACAUCCGCUGCACCCGUUGUUGCUGCGCCUCUUCUCCGUGGGCCCCGCUCUCGUUAGAAGAACUCCUUUGACCCCCGCUCCAGGUCACGGACCCGAGUUUAGGAAGAUGAUGGCACCGGAUCCGAUGCGUUCGGCCACGGACAUCGGGGGCGCGGAGGACACGUCGCUCGCGAUGCCGUCCGACAGGAGCCUGUGCACGGGACACCAGCGUGUGCUGAACCAGGUCCACAGCAUAAAGAGGGGCAGGUCCAAAUACAACAAGAACGGCACGACAAGUCCCACAAGCCCUCCUGCACAGACUUUCAAAACUUCUGAGUUUGGAACAUCCAAGUUCAAGGGAGCUAGCACCUACAGGCGUUCCAACUCUACCAUGUCAGCGGGCAACAGAGCGAAGAGUCGAAAUCUAACUACUAAAAUUACAAGAGGAAGAUAUUUCAGCUCCAACGUGGAACCGCAAGUCAGCACCUCCGCCUGGUCACAAAGUCCCAAUGGGCUGAAACCCAGUCGCAGUGACCCUGGUUUUGUUCCUGUUCCUAAUUUUUCUCCAGCACCUAGCAUGAAAGUCAAGGGGCAGGCCAUUUCAAGACAAAACACUCUCCACACACAAGGUGUUAGAGAGUCCCGUUCAAUGAUUAAUGGCUUGACAUUGUUUGAGAGCCAGUUGCGCAAUGUCCAGUCACCUUCUGGCCACUCUCAAACCGAUGGCAAGUUGGACAGCGUCAGGACAUCCAAAAUAGAGCAGACAUCAAUGGGGAACUCUGCAGUGAGCAUGUCAGAAAUCACCAUGCCUAAGGCAGUUGAGCUUCUGUCAGAGCUUGAUGAGAACUCCCAGCAAUGUGGUGCCAGCUACAUCCAGCACAUUUGCUACAAUAAUGAGUCUGCUAAAAAGGAGGUAUUAAAGCUUCAGGGAAUUCCACGUCUGGUGAAGAUCCUGGAAAGCGAAAACCCAUCGGUAACCCAGGCUGCUUCUGGGGCCCUGAGGAAUCUCGUCUUCAAGAACAUUCACAACAAGAAGAAGGUUCAUGAGUGUGGUGGUAUAGCUAAGGUCCUGAAUCUACUGAAGAACACGGAGUGUACUGAGACAAAGAAACAACUAACUGGCCUUCUCUGGAACCUGUCUUCGGCUGAUGAUUUGAAGCAAGAACUAAUGCAAACAGCACUUCCUUUUUUGACUAAGAAUGUGGUGGUGCCAUUUACUACCUGGUCAGAAAAUGGUGACGACAACCAUGUAGAUCCAACUGUUUUCCAUCAUGCCACUGGCUGCCUGAGGAACCUGAGCUCCGGCAAGCAGAAGGACAGGCAAGAAAUGAGGGAGUGCGACCAACUGAUCAACUCCCUAAUGAAAUAUGUUCUGUCUUGUGUGGCAGAGGACAAACCAGAUGACAUGUCUGUGGAGAACUGUGUGUGUAUCCUCCAAAACUUGACCUUCCAAAUAUGGCAAGAGUGUCCGGAAAUGUCAGACAAAUAUGUCAGUUCAAGAUCGCGUCAAUCUGAGAGCAAGAAAAGCCCCACGGUCGGAUGCUUCAGCCCCAGAAGCAGUAAAGCUGAAAACAAGAUUUAUUCGAGCGAGCCUAAAGGAGUGAAAGAAGGCAGUAAGGGGGUGGAGUGGUUGUGUGAUCAAAAAGCCAUAGAUGCCUACUUGGAACUGAUGACAUUGUCCAAAAAUGACACCAUAUUGGAGGCCUGCUGCGGAGCCUUGCAGAACCUCACUGCCAACAAGGAGCAUGCAACUAUCAGUGAGGAUUUGUUUGAGAAGUUUAAAUUUCAGGUUGGCUUGCCCUCUCUGAUGAGAUCACAUAACAUUGCUGUUCAAAAGGGUGCUCUUUCUCUUCUGGAUAACAUGGCUCGCAAAUCCAGUUUGCAGUUAAAGAUGGCAAGGCAAACCUUGCCUCAACUUUCAAAAGUGCUUUUUUCUGACACAUGGAAUGAUAAAGGCUAUGAUGAAAAUAUUGCAACUGCAUCUACCACAAUACAUAGACUGUUGCUGGUAGAGCAUGAGAGCAGCAAGAAAGCCAUCACUAAAGACCUGGUUUUCAGACUAAUUGACAUGAGUAAGAAAGAGCCUGAAGACAAAGCAACUACAGCAGCAUCAAAGCUGCUAUACAACUUGUGGUCAGAUAAGUUUUUGCACAGCAUCACAAAAAAGUUGAAAAUUGGCAAAGCGUACUUUGUGAAUCCCAAAACCAUCAAAGCCGCCGACCCUGAAAAAUUCAUCACCUGAUAUGAAUAAGAGCAGGAAACCGGCCUGAUUAGAGGCUUCUGCAGCCACACCCUUAAAGUCUUCACGGAUAAUCUUGUUGGAAGAACCUAUCAAUUAUGUCCUUCAUACACUGUGUAUAUAGAGUUAAGAGAUUGUAGUCUCAUCAGUAAUCAAAAGUUGUUUGUAAUUUAAUUUGAAAAUGUUUGUAUGUUUUGGUAGGUGAAGUGUGAGAGUGAUUGUGCAUUAAUGCUGAAGUCGACGCCCCUAUACCACCUCAUGGAUUGUCACUUGCAUAGAUUCUUAAGAUUCACAAAUGCCAAAAUCACUGUAAUAUGUCUCAGUUACUAGUGUCUAGAACAUAAAAUAUAUAUUGUGGUGUUAAGAACUGAGCAGUCUAGGUGGACAGAUUGCAAACAUGAAAAAAAUAAAAUAAAUGUGUUUUUUUUUUGUUUUUUUAAGUGUGCAAUGGUGAAAUUGGUGGGAAUUCAGUCAUUCCUUUUUAUUACUUUCAAGCAAAAUAAUACAAAAAUAAUAUCAGUUCACAGAAAAUGAAUUUGCAAAGAUGUAAAAAAAAAACAACCUAGACAUAUCUCAGUUUCUUUCAUUUUGAUAGGCAGUCAUAUAAAUAUGCCACUUAUAUUACUCAUUGUCCUGGCAGUGACUUCUGGUUACUCAUACAUAUAUUACAGGAACAUUCAAUGUCUUCAUUAGACAUUUCCAGUAUUGAGGUUUCUUUAGAUGUGCAGUACUGAGGGGGAUUCUUCUUUUUAUUGCACUGUCAUAAAAUGUGCAUAUCAUGCAAUUUGUAUUUGUGUUUUUCACAUUGGUUUGCAUUUUGGGGAAAAAAAAAAAAUGCGACAGUGGUAGCGUGAGUGUGGCAUGAGUCAUUUAUGCAUGUAAAGGAGUUUUGUGCAACAUUAAACAGUCAGGCCUGUCAACCUCUGACUGACAGUGGGUAGAGCCAUCUGUGUUGAAUGCUGGCUACACUUUAUAAGUAUUCUUUGAUCUAAUUUAGCUAAACACUAAGCUGAAAAUAAAAAGGCUGUGCCCUUUUUAUGUAAUCAUAAUGAAUUACGAGCUAAGCUCAAAUUCCCAGGCAAAAGGAGCACACUGAGACAUAAUGUUUGAUAGUUUGUUUUUUUUCAACUCAUGCCAUAUUUUUUCUGUCUCUUGCAAAUGUGGGGGUCAUUACAGGGUUAUCAGCUUUCACUACAGAAUUACUGCAUUUUUUUCAACAAAUAAAAUAUACAUCCUAGUCAUGAUUAAAGGUGGUUGGCAACUGUUAGGUCUCCUCAUCAAUCCAAAAGUGAAAGACAGUGGACUUUUUAUACUCUGCUGUCUUGAGAUUCCUCUGCCUUAUGGUGGCUCACAUUCAGUAUUGUUUUGGAUUGUGUUUUUUUGGAGAAUUGUAUGUGUUGCAUUUUAUUAGCUGCAUUGCUUGUUAAUCAGUUCAUUCAUGCAAUAAAAACAGCUAUGCAGAUGA